AUGUUCCCUCUCACCUCCGUGGUCGCCCUUCUGGGCCUCCUCACGACGUUUACCUCCGCUACGGCCCUCACAUACAAGAUGACACCGAACGAAAAGGAGUGCUUCUACGCGCAUGUGGACAAGGUCGGCGCGAAGAUAACUUUUUACUUUGCUGUACAGAGCGGAGGCGAUUUCGACAGUAAGAUCCCGGUGCAUGCGGAACGGAGCAGCGAUUGGAAGCUGACGUGGACAUCUAGUCAACUACUCCGUCUACGGACCAGGCAAGCAGCCGAAUCAAGAGCGAGUGGUGUUGGACGGCGAGAAGGAGCGGCAGGGAGACUAUGUGUUCACUGCCACCGAGAGUGGAGAAUACCGCUUCUGCUUCGACAACACCAUUUCAAUCUUCGCGGAUAAAGUCGUGGACUUUGACAUCUCGGUAGGCAUUUUCGCUGGAAACCACGAAGCCCAUAUAGGUUUGCUGACACAAUGACACUCAGGUCGAGGACGAACCACGAGCCAAUCUCCCCCAAAAGCAAGGAGCUAGUACCGAACAAUUGAGCGGCGUCGAAGAGACCAUCAUGCGUCUCUCCGGGCAGGUGUCCACCCUCACAAGACAGCAGAAGUACUUCCGAACACGAGAGAACCGCAACUUCAGCACGGUCAGGAGCACGGAAAAGCGCAUCUUCAACCUGAACCUGAUCGAAGGCGCCGUCAUGGUCGCAAUGGCAGGUCUACAAGUCUUCGUCGUGAAGAUGUUCUUCACGGGUGGAAGGAAAGGAUACGUCUGA